CCCCACCGAGCUGGAGCUGCUCCUGGACAAGAUAUGAGAAAUGAGUGUUGGACGUAGAAGAAUAAAGUUGUUGGGUAUCCUGAUGAUGGCAAACGUCUUCAUUUAUUUGAUUGCGGAAGUCUCCAAAAGCAGUAGCCAAGAAAAAAAUGGAAAAGGGGAAGUAAUAAUACCCAAAGAAAAGUUCUGGAAGAUAUCUAGUCCUCCCCAGGCAUACUGGAACAGAGAACAAGAAAAGCUGAACAAGCUGUACAAUCCCAUUUUGAACAUGCUGGCCAACCAGACAGGGGAUGGAUAUGGGUCAUCAAAUAUAAGCCAUCUGAAUUACUGUGAACCUGACCUGAGGGUCACAUCACUUAUAACAGAUUUUAACAAUUUGCCAGACAGAUUUAAAGACUUUCUCCUAUAUUUGAGAUGUCGAAAUUAUUCACUGAUUGUAGAUCAACCAAAUAAAUGUGCAAAGAAACCCUUCUUAUUGCUGGAAAUUAAGUCCCUCACUCCACAUUUUUCCAGAAGACAAGCCAUUCGGGAAUCCUGGGGCAGAGAAACCAAUGUGGGGAACCAGACAGUGGUGCGAGUCUUUUUGCUGGGCCAGACCCUCCCAGAGGACAACCAUCCAGAUGUUUCAGAUAUGCUGAAAUUUGAGUGUGAGAAGCACCAACACCUUCUUAUGUGGAACUACAGAGACACUUUCUUCAACUUGUCUCUGAAGGAAGUGCUGUUUCUCAGGUGGGUGAGUACUUCCUGCCCAGACACUGAGUUCGUUUUCAAGGGCGAUGACGAUGUUUUUGUGAACACCCAUCACAUCCUGAAUUACUUGAAUAGCUUAUCCAAGAGCAAAGCUGAAGAUUUGUUUAUAGGUGACGUGAUCCACAAUGCUGGGCCCCAUCGAGAUAAGAAACUGAAAUACUACAUCCCAGAAGUUGUUUACUCUGGGGUUUACCCACCUCAUGCAGGAAGAGGUGGAUUCCUCUACUCCGGCCACUUGGCCCUGAGGCUAUACAACAUCACUGACCGGGUCCAUCUCUAUGCCAUUGAUGAUGUUUAUACUGGAAUGUGCCUUCAGAAACUGGGCCUCGUUCCAGAGAAACACAAAGGCUUCAGGACAUUUGAUAUCGAGGAGAAAAACAGGAAUAACAUUUGUUCCUAUGUAGAUUUGAUGUUAGUACAUAGUAGAAAACCUCAGGAGAUGAUUGAUAUUUGGUCGAGGUUACAAAGUGCUCAUUUAAAAUGCAAACUAUACAAGCUAAAUUUUGCAUAG